AGUAUGCAUAGUCGGUGGCGGCGGGUGUGUAGUGUAACGAGUUUUAUUGAAUUUUUGGCAAGCGGAAAAUUUAUUUCUUAAAAACAAUUUAAUUGUAAAGAAUGUCAGCCAAUCAAUGUUCUGAGAAACCUUAUCGUUUGCGUUUCCUCGCAUAAACCUUCAAGCAAUCUCACAAAAUAAUACAAAUGACAAGUUGAAGCGCUAUCUAUCUACAGUCUCUACACAUUAAAAGUGACACCUAGCAAAAUCAACAAUAAUACAAAAAAAUCAAAAGAAAAUUAAGAAGAAAAGUGAAUAAACCCGCAAGCAAGAACAACAAACUAAUAAAGAAAAAUAAAUAUAGGUACCUAUCUACCAGCUAGCAGCUAUAGCUACACUUUGGGUACCAAUUCAGAACCAACCAACAAAGUUCGUGUUGCUGUUGGUUGGGUUUUCGGUUUUCCUGCCUCGACUCGAUUUCGAUUUGAUACUUAUUUUGUCCAUGCGUCCGCUCCGCCUGCUGCGUUCGGUUGGAAUUUCUUGUCUAUAAGUAUAAUUUGUUUGCCUAAGCUGAAGCUCCUGCUCCAUCAUAAUUCGCCCAUAUCCCCCAAUUCCGAUUCUUUUGUGUCUUGAUGUUCGGUUCGCUUAGUUCUUAGAAGAAUUUGCUUCAUUUUCUCUUAUAGCUGCUAUUCUUUCGGAUUUGAAAAUACAAAAAAAAAGAAAAUAAAUUAUUUGCUUGGUGGAAUUGCUUGUUGUGAAAUAUCAAAAAAUUGUGACAACUUCUACUUUCAAAAUUCAACAAUAACAAAGUGUUCCCAUUUUGUGUGUUUCGUUUUUCUUUUCUUAUAAUUUUGUAUAAACAUUGCGCCAACAAAAAUCAAUCGUAUUCUGAUUCUCCUGUUUACAUUUUGUUUAAGUGGAAAUCAAUAAGUAAACCUAUGUACAUACAUUUAUACAAACCUAUAUUAUAAAGAACAAGUGUACCUAAUUGAAAAACUUUAAAAAUAAAACAUUUCUGAACUCCCGGUCCCCCCUUUUUGCUCUUCAACUUAACUUCUUUUUCUGUGGAUUGUGGGCAUUUUUGCUGGGCCACAGCCACCCCCCAUUUGUAUCCAUAUCCAUGUCCAUGGAAAAAUAGCAAACAACUUCAUUUUUGCAGUUGAACUUUAAAAACUCGUGUUUGUUUGUGGAAAUUGUGGCAGUGGCACUAACGACGCUCGCAGUUAUUAAAUAAUAUUUUAUUAAUACGAAAAUAAACAGAAUUAAACCAUUGCAAUAAUUCAACUUUAAACCUGUCAACAAGCAGAACAUAAAAGUCAGGCAGAUCAGAUUUGGAUAAUAUAUAAUUUCAUUUUAAAUCAAAUAAGAAAAAGAAUCUAAAACAAAAUUCCCAGCUACUUGUUGGAAUUAAUAAAGAAAUGCAAACAACAGACAAAAAUAAAAUAAUAUUAAAUCUUAAAUUGUUUUAAAACAAAGAAUGACAACCACAUAAUAUAGUCAAUUUUUGUUCUCCGUUGCGUUUAAACAAAAAGUGAAAAAUAUCUGCAAAUCAGAAUGACAAGUCCUGACGGAAGAAUUGUGACUCAUGGGGAGUCCUUAGACCUAACAAAACACUCACGUAGUUUCAAAUGCAACGAAGAGAAUCCUUUUCUGAAAGCUAAGGAUAUGGCACGCGAUUCCGCAAUAGCUCGCGAUCGAAUGAUAGUAGUACCUGGUAGUUUGUCGUUAGAUAUAAAUUCAACAGGCAAUCAGCCUCCUGCAGCACCAGCUGAUAUAAAUCAAGAAAUUCUGGAGAACUCCCCUGUCAUAUUUCAGUUGAAGAAGGAACAAGAAAUGCAAAAACAAAUGCUCAUACACUCGUUUCAAGAACAAAAGAAGCAACUCGAGCUACAACAUAAACUGCAACUGGAACACAAAUAUCAGUUUGCGGCGCACUCACAUGGCGUAUUCCAGGAAUUGCGAGAUCAAAAAAUUGCAGCUGAGGAACAACAACAACGGGAACGUCGCGAACGUGAACGCGAAGCAAUGAAACGUAAAGAAAAUUGCAGUGCCAAUGCAAGCCCAGAAGUUAAACAAAUUUUAAUGUGUUUUUUGAUGAACAAAAAGCAAGCGGCUUCUUCUAAUGGCAUGACAGCGUCACCUUACUCCAAAAGAGGCGUUGUUAAAAGUUCUUCAGGUGAAUCUUUGCCGGCUGGUACGGUAACAAGUUCACAUCCGUACAAAAUUCCUCAACCGCCCUCAACUAUUGUUAAAUAUGAUUCCGAUUUUCCAUUAAGAAAAACAGCAUCCGAGCCGAAUCUGCUGAAAUUACGCCUCAAACAAAGUGUAAUCGAUCGCAAAGCCAGGAUUGGUCCCUCAGCUGCCCGACGGCAGGAAAGACAUCUCCAAGCAAUUCAAAGACGCCAGGCAAAGCACAAUUCAACAUUAGCAAACUGCAACAGUACACCAGAUUCUGGACCUAAUUCACCGCCAUCGCUUGUGACUGGCGGUAGUCGAGGCUCUCCUACAAGCCAACCGAUUCAAGAGGAAAACGAGGAUGUCGCUCAAUAUCAGUCUGGCCCACGGAGUAGUAUUAACGAUUUGUCCCUCUUCAGUUCGCCAUCCAUGCCGAAUAUAUCUUUGGGACGACCGCAUUUACCAAACGCGCAUACACCUACCGCUGCUAAUUAUGCCAUGUUAACUGCUUUGCGACAACAAGCAGCUGCUGCUCAACCUAUGAUUGGUGCUGGUGCUCCAACUUAUUACAAUCCCUUGCCGCCCUACGAUCAUCAUCAUUCAGCAGCAACUAGCAGUACUACUGGAAUACCACCACCAUCAACAAGAUCCAACGUAUCGGCGUCAUCGUCUUCGGGAUCAAUUGAAAUGCCGCCGCAAGCACAUGCUGCCAAUACACCCAUGACGAGUGUGUCAAUGGGUAUGCAUCCUCUUCCUUUGUAUGGCCAACCAAUUACAGAUGUCCAGGUUGCCCAUGCUAGGCUCAAUAAGCAGGGUCAUCGACCAUUGGGACGCACACAAUCGGCUCCACUGCCAUUAGGACACCCAAUGUUGACGGGGACGGGACAAGUUAAUAUUGCACAGACUCAUUACGAGAAUAGUGAUGCGGAACGUCAAGCUUAUGAGCAACAACAUAUGUUACUUACGCAGAAAAUCCGACAAACUGUUCUCACCCGCAGCGGUCGUGAUCAACAGCAACAACAACACCAGCAGCACCAACAACUGAAGGAAGCCGAAGAAUCCACCAACGAAGUGAUAGAUCUAACCGAUAAAAAACAACCGCCCAAGACUGUAUUGGCCAACUCUGUGAUAACCAGUACAUCUCAAAGAAGUAUACCUGAAGAGACGGCCCUGGAAGCUGCUCUCAAAUCAAAAAUGCGCGACCAAGAGUACCUACAGCAACAGAGGGAACUGCUGUAUAUGCAUUCAUUGCAGGUCGACGAUGCCGUGGCACGUGGUUUAAUCCGUCCUCUAUCGCGGACAUUGUCCAGCCCGCUGGUGCAUCUAGGACCACACGGUCUUAGUCAAAUUCCCGACACUGGACAACACAUACAGCCGAUUGUGACUUCCUCCUCUGCCGAUCAUAUUCCACCGGUCAAUCUAAGUAUGCCACAUCGACGUCAUGUGAUCGAGAGUCCGCACAAAAUCACAACGGGGCUGGCAUUUGACAAUUUAAUGCUGAAGCACGCCUGCGUUUGUGGUAACAAUUCGUCACAUCCAGAGCAUAGUGGACGUUUGCAAAGUGUUUGGGCUAGACUAAUAGAAACUGGUCUGGCGAACAGAUGUGAUCGUCUUCGAUCGCGAAAAGCUACACAAGAGGAAUUACAAACCGUUCACUCAGAGGCUCAUGCUUUGCUAUUCGGUUCGAAUCAACUGAAUCGGCAAAAGCUUGAAAUAACUCCUUCUGUUAGCUUUGUAAGGCUGGGAUGUGGCGGAGUGGGUGUGGAUCUUGACACGACGUGGAAUGAACACCAUACUGCUGCAGCGGCUCGAAUGGCAGCCGGUUGUGUGAUUGAUUUGGCAUUUAAAACAGCUAAAGGUGACCUGAAGAAUGGCUUCGCGGUAGUUCGUCCUCCUGGCCAUCAUGCUGAAUCCAAUCUUGCAAUGGGUUUCUGUUUUUUCAACUCAGUCGCUAUUGCGGCAAAGAUAUUACGUCAGCGUUUACCUUCAGAAAUGAAAAAAAUAUUAAUUGUCGACUGGGAUGUACAUCAUGGGAAUGGAACUCAACAAGCGUUUUAUGAUACCCCCAAUGUUUUGUAUCUUUCAAUCCAUAGACAUGACGAUGGAAAUUUCUUUCCUGGAACUGGUGGGCCAACAGAGUGUGGAACUGGAGCUGGAGCUGGCUUUAAUGUGAAUGUAUCCUGGUCAGGUGCACUCAAUCCACCACUAGGGGAUGCCGAAUAUUUAGCUGCAUUCCGUACUGUUGUCAUGCCCAUUGCUCGGGAAUUCAAUCCGGAUAUUGUUCUUGUGUCAGCGGGCUUCGAUGCUGCCGCGGGACAUCCUGCGCCAUUGGGUGGUUAUUUAGUGUCGCCAGCUUGUUUUGGUUACAUGACAAGAGAAUUAAUGCAAUUGGCUGGUGGAAAGAUUGUGCUUGCCUUAGAAGGAGGUUAUGACUUGCCAGCGAUAUGUGACUCAGCUCAAGAAUGUGUCCGGGCUUUGUUGGGCGAUGAAACAGCAGCAAUAGCAGAAACAGAGUUAUCGCGACCACCAUGUCAAAAUGCAGUAGACACAUUGCAAAAAACUAUUGCUAUACAGAUGUCCCAUUGGCCUUGUGUACGUCGUUCAGCACAUACAGUUGCCAUGUCAGCUAUGCAGGCUCUUCGAACUGAACGAGAAGAAUCCGAGACUGUUACAGCUAUGGCUGGGCUUUCAAUGCAACCUCCAAACAGGGCCUUAUCGCGAGGUGAAUCUGAAGAACCCAUGGAGCAAGAUGAUGCAAAGUAAACUUUGUUGGCAAUUGUAUCGUACAAACAUUACACUUCUUUAUACAAAAUCAUCAGAAGUAAUCGAAAAAUAAUAAAAUAAUUUUGUGUAUGUUGUGUUUGUGGCCCAAAGGAUAGGAUCGAACGCGUUGUUAUAUCCUUCCUCCCUCCACGAACACAAUAAAGUUUUUUUGGGAAAAAAUAUUCUCCUCAACUCAACAUUGUGGUAGCAGCAUUUAGCAGCAUCGCAAAAUGAUCAUGGAGAAUCAAAUAAUUAGUCAGAAGGACUACAAUUUAUAUUAAAAAACAAAAAAGGAUCAUUUUAAUUGAUUUUUGGAAAGAGAUACGGAUGAACAAAAGUAAAACAAUAUUUUACCUCCGUCCUAUUUCUAAUGACAAGAAUACUCGUUGUUAUUAAACAAAAUUUUCUCAAACUGAGAAGAUACAAUUUUUUAGAAGAAAAUGAAAAAAAAAAAACAAAUGUCACACUUUUAAUUUUAUCAAAAAGCUAAUUUUUUUGCUUGUGAAUUAAAUUGUCAAAUGGUGUACAUUUUUGGUGCUUUAAUGUUCUCUUUUGAUACAAUAAUAUGGUGCAUCACAUUUAAAAAAAAAAAAAUUAAUGAAUUUAAAAAUUAAAAAAAAAAAAAAAAUUGUACAUACAUACUUAUAAUUUAAAUUUAUUACUCUCUCACACUCUCUAUCUCUCUCUUUGUUCUCUGGUCAUUCUUUUCUAUCUCAUAAAGUAGCUAAAUGAUUCAGUGGAUAACUAAAAUAUUAAAUAUUUAGAUAGCUAAUUUAAAACAAAACAAAAUAAAAUAAUUUAACAAACAAACAAAAAAAAAAA